CAGAGGCAGAGAGAAGUGGGCCCACCAAGCCCCCCUCUGCCUCGUGCUCCUGGAUUCUUGAUUGGAUUGGAUGGGCGACAUCACAGCACCUGGGGCUGGGCGAGGUCGCAUAGGAGUACUGUGGAUUCCUGGAGCUCGCGAGCUGCUUCAACUCUAAAGGCUUCUACCCUUGCCCUGCGCGAUCUGUGUCAGUAGAAAUGGGAGAAAAUUGUGAAAGCUGUAGAUCAUGGGUAGACGACAUUUACUGGACCCGUUUCCAAUUCGUCCAUUUUGCCUACUAUCUUCCCAAGGGCUUUGAUCGACAGCUUACACUGCCCAGAAGUUUUUCAGAUAAUUUAAGAAAGAAAUUGCCAGAUAAUGUGACUCUGAGAGGUCCUGGUGGCGAUGAGUGGAAUGUUGGAUUGACAACCACAAAUGAUACCUUGCAUUUCACGCACGGCUGGCAACAAUUUGUUGAAGAUCACUGUUUGGAAGAGAAUGAUCUCCUGGUCUUCAAGUACAAUAACGAAUCGCAGUUUGAUGUUCUAAUAUUUGGCCGGGGUGGCUCCUGUGAGAAGGCUGCUUCUUAUUUUGUUAGGAAAUGUGGGCAUACAAAUAAGAGAAUCAGAGGUAACCGUUUGAAAGAAGUCAAUUUCCGCUCUAAUAUUCCCACUGAACAUGCUUCGCCUGAGAAGUUUGUGCAUGGAGAGAGCAUGGGAGUGCCGGCUGUCAUCCCUUCUGAAAUUAGUAGCAAAGAGGCCCGUGAUGCUGGUGUGGAAUUUGCCUCCCCUGUGACAGCAAUUCCAGUGGCAGUUGCGGAUGUCCAAACUAAGCAGAGGGGAGGAACCAGAGGAUCUAAAACGCGCAGGGACAGAGCUAACUUGAUUGCUGAUGCUGAACCCUCAUCUGCGAGCAGAAGUAAGACGAAUGAAAUUUAUAUUUCAAACAGAAGGCCUGUUACAGAAGAUGAGAAAACGACUGCCCUCCAAUUAGCUCAGGCAGCGUGUACUGACCAGGGUUUCUACAUAAUCAUGCGUCCCACACAUGUAUACAAGAGAUUCUAUGCGUCAAUCCCUAGCAAGUGGUUAGCGGAACAUCUUUUUCCUCACUCUGAAGACGUCAUAUUGCGCACGGGAGGGAAUGAAUGGCAUGCCAAAUACAGCUUUGAACAUGGUCGUCGAACUGGAGGACUGACUGGUGGGUGGAAACAGUUCGCUCUGGACAAUAACCUGGAAGAAUUUGAUGUGUGUGUGUUUGAACUAGUUGGUCAAGGCAAGCCAUUGAUCAUGGAUGUGACAAUAUUCAGAGUUAUUGAGGAUUAUUCUCCUCUGCAGAAUGUGAGUUAUGGAGGCAAACGAGGCCCGAAUUGCAUCCAAUCAUGGGAGGUCGAUCCUUAAAUCUCGCGGAUCAUUGUAUUUUUGAGGAUGUGUACUAAUGUAAUCUUGGGUUGUAAGCUAAAUGGUAAUUUUUUUUUUCUUUUUAUAAAUGAUAAUCUUUCGCCCGCAGACCAUGUUCAAGUUUUAUUUGUGUCGUUGGGAUGAAGUAGACUGGAUAACUUUUCUAUGGGUUUGUUGAAUAUGAAGUGGAAAAUUUGUUCAAAAAA